GACGCUUUUUUGAAGUUUUGAACAUUGUUUGUCAAAAAAAGAAAAUGUUUAGAAAUAAUAAAAGUAGCGAUUCGAGCACAGAUUACAGUUGUUAUAAGGGCAUUACACCUAGGCCUCCAAUUCAUCCACGAACGACGAAUAAUGUUGGAGAACGUGGCGAUGCCCGUGAUGGACACACCGACGGUUCUCACCACCAUCCGUCUGCUGCUUCACAAUCGAAUCUCACUAAACCCCACAAUAUAUUUGUAGUUUUUCUACUCAAAUUUUGUGGCUAUCUGUUGCUUCUGUUAUUUUUCAUCAUUCCAGCUGUUAUAAAGAUUUAUCCAUCGAUAUUGGGUCUGGUUGUUUUCUGUAAUUAUGUGAAAUUGCCUUUUGGUUUAGUUGAUUACCAGAACACAACGCUCCAUGGCUUAAAUAAUGCCUAUAAUUUUCAUUUACAAGUUAAUGAAAAAGUUUCCCUUGGUGCUUGGCAUAUUCUUCCAAAAGAUUUAAAAGUCCCAAAGAAUGUUGAACUGAAGGCAUCGAGUGUUAAUGACCUGCUCGAUAAUGAUAAUGCCAUUGUGUUGUAUCUGCACGGCAAUGCUGGAGACAGAACCAAGUCUUUCAGAGUUAACUUGUACAAAACACUGUCAUCCAGAGGCUUUCAUGUCAUUGCAUUUGAUUACAGAGGUUAUGGUGAUUCGAGCAGUUGGCCCAGCAAGUCGGGAUUGGUUGAGGAUGCUUCUGUAAUGUUUGACUGGUUGAAAAAAACAGCCAGGAAGAAAGCCAACAUUUUCAUCUGGGGCCAUUCCUUGGGAUCAGCGAUUGCUGUUGAACUUGCUAAGGACCUUGGCAAUAAAGGAAUAACAUUUUCUGGUCUGGUGUUGGAGACUCCAUUCACAAAUGCCAUUGAACUUGCUGAUACACAUUUCAUCACUACUUUUUUUAGAUGGCUGCCAUACUACAGUUGGGUUGUAGUUGAUGCUGUGAAACAGGCUGACAUUACAUUGCCUAAUGAUCAAAACAUCUUGGAUGUGAAAGAAAAAAUUCUGAUCUUACAUGCAGAGGAUGACCAAAUAGUGCCAUACACACAUGGGAAGAAGUUGUAUGAGGUUGCCAAAACUCGCACCAAGGAUCCCAACAUGACCAAGUUAAUAACUUAUGAAAGCAAAUUGGGAUAUGGACACAAGAAGAUAUCAACCAACCCCAACCUCAUGGAUGAUUUUGUUUCAUUCAUGGGAAUUAAAUAACAAUUGGGUCUUCCGUUCAUUUUCUCUGGCAUUGAUAUUAUUCAAGUAUUUCUUUUUAAGAAAUACCUUUUAAUUUGUGUGCCAAGCACAUAUAAUAAAAUUUUAACAAAUUCACUUACAGACCGUGUUUCAUGUUUUUAUUAAUUAUCAUCGUGUAUCGUGUUUAUUACGUUUCAAUGUAUGUACAAUUAUAAGGAUCAUUGUGUCUGUUAUUAUAUGGGUUUGUUUGUGUUUGUUUGUGAGCAGUGGCGGAUCUAGACAACUUCGACGGAAGGGCGGCCGAAAUUUGGAAAAUGUUACAAUCUUCAUUGGGAGGCCGAAAUUUGUGGUAGUCACUGAUUGAUAUCGAUAUAAAACAGUGCUUUUUCUGUUAAAUCAAUGAGUUUUACCGACUUUUAUUACAAAUGCUGCUCACAACGGGGAGGACCAGCCAGUCUUAUCUGCCGCUGUGUCGUGUGUGUGUGGUGUGUAUGCGUUAAUUUCGAACAUUGUUAAUGUCUAUUUACCCUUCUGUUUGUAAUUCUAGUUUUUUUAAAUUUUUUGUCUUGUUUCUCUUAUUUUAAUUCGUUUAUUGACUGUUUAGUACACUUAUUUGACUGUUUAAUACAGAGUUUUUUUAAUGAAAUGUGUGCAUACGUCUGCAUUUAGUUGCUACACCACAUGACACGUUACUUUGCUCCGAUUCUAUUCAACCUCAUUUGUCUUUUAUAUGUUGUUUGUGUUGUGUUCGAUUUUUACAGUGUUUAAUAAAAAACUAUAUGAAUAAAAAGGGAGACAUUGU